AUGCUUCCACAAACCACAAACAGCUUCACAUCGCCAUUCCUAUCCACCUCCCCCACUACCAUUACCAACAACUACUACUACUUCAAGAAUAUGAGCCCUACAACCACUGUUUUUCUACCCAAAACCCUGUUUCCUAGCCUUGAGAAAACUGGGUUUUACUCUUCGAGUAGAAUCAGAUCAUCCAAUACGAGGUUCUCUUCUGCUAGAGGCAUAUAUGCUUCUUUGCUUGAAGCUCCUGUUUUGUGGGCUAGCAGGGUUUGCAUCUUCUAUGCUCUCUUGAAGGCUGGCUUGGCUGGGUCUCCUGCUAACCCACUUGUCUCAGAUUUGGAAGCUGGUGGUGAUGAUUUGGGAUUCUCCAAUUGGUUUGACGAGCUACAAGGCAAACCAGAGAGGGAAGCAGCUGACAAAAGGAAAUUAGUGAGUAAAUGGCAUCCUACAACUAAAGGCACACUUAAGCGGAACUACAGAGUACCUUCCAAAUCUGAAGGGCGGCGUCUUCUUAAAGCCAUUGCUUCCUUGCUAUCAGAUGAUGAUCAUUUUAGAGAUGCCACUUCCCACAAGGGUUGUCAGAUUAGGAGGGAGAGUGCUCAUGGAGAAACUGUUUGUUGUAACAAUGUGAGGGCAUUGUUUGAUGAGCUCCCCACUCCACAUUUGGUUGUGGAAAUCACUUCUUUUCCUGCUGGUCCUCUUUCAGAAAAUGAUUACACCAAAGCUGAGAAAUUGGAGAGGGUGCUCAGGGACAGCUAUGGUGGAGAGUGA